GCGGAGCGAGUUUUUCGCUGCCUGUGAGCUGCAGCGCCGGAGCGCUCCGGCUCGCGCAGACGCCAGCGCCUGUCCGGGUGACAGCGCUGUCUCGCCCCAGGUGCCGGCGCUGCACCAGGUGGCGUCAAUGAAGCGUAGCCCGAGGAAGAUGCGGCGCCCUGGAGAAAAGAAGGAGCCCCCGGGCGAUUGUCUAUGAGGUUGUGCCAUACGAUGCCGGGGACUGCAAGGUAUCGCUUAAGGUACCCUGGGGGCUGGAGAGUCGGGACGGUUUCUGAAGUCUGGUCGGGGUCGGCUCUAGGUUUCCUUGCGAGCAGCCCUUGGUUUGAAGAAAGCGUGGAGUGGCCAGGGGGGUUGCAGGCUUUGGGGGGAGGUGUUCACAGUCCUAGAGGAGACCCCGCUAAUGACGCGCCCACACAGCGCCUGCUUUGUUUGCUUGUCUGCCCAAUCUGUUCCUGUUCCUGGACGACUGUAGUCCAGGGAAACCUACUCAAAAAGUAUCUAUCAUUUGGCACAAGAUCGGGCAGCUGCCUAAAAUCAGGACAAUUUGGAAUGUGUGCCGUUUCACUUGAACUUUUUUGUAGAUUUUGUUUAGAACCAAAGAGCUGAAUGGCUGUGUCUGGUUGUUGUCGGAUAGCUAUUUAAGAGUUUUGGGGGUUGAGAAGGUUUCUGGUCUAACAGUGAAACAAAGAAACCAGAGAAAAUGUCCCCUGUAAAAUGGAGGCAGGAAUGGCGAAUUCCUUCUUCGGGAGGUGCGGGCGUCAGGAAAUGCUGUGGAGGAGGUGACCUUUUGAAGAUGGAUGAGUGGCCUGAGGCUCUAGGAUAGUUACUUGUUUCUUAUGCAGUUCUUGGCCCUAAAGGCAGCACUAGCUACGACCUGAUGGUGUAGUCUGAGGGAUAAAGGCUGUUGGGUGCUCAGAGUCCACCACUGGAUUUCAUCAGAUUGUCAGCAGGAAAAAGGGCCUCUCUUAAAAGGUUGAGACAACAUUAAAAAGACUCUCCAAACCCUCCUCACAACUCUCUUUCAACAGUGGAAUCAUGUUAACAGUUUCUUAGGUAUUUUCCAGGUUAAAAAAAAAAUGCUUACACGAAAACGCACAUGUUAAUAGUUAUUUUUUUUAUUUGCAAAAGUAUGAACUCAGAUUUCCACUUUGAUUUACUCACAAAAUAUAUUUUGGAAUACACCAAAACAUAAAUCAGCACUUGGAAAUUUACCAGUUUUCACCAGCUUCAUAAUAUCCCACUGUGUCCGGAAUUGGUGGGUUCCUGGUCUCACUGACUUCAAGAAUAAAGCCACGGACCCUCGCAGUGUGUUACAGUUCUUAAAGCUGGUGUGUCUGGAGUUUGUUCUUUCAGAUGUUCACAUGUUUCUAGAGCUUCUUCCUUCUGGUGGGUUCAUGGUCUCCCUGUCAGGAAUGAAGCUGCAGACCCUGGUGGUGGAUUUUGAAGGAAGUGAUAUGGAUUACAAAACUUUAAGAAACAAAAGAUAUUAAACAAUUGUGAUGACAUGAACGCCUUCCCUUCGCAAUAUGCUGUAGGAAAAGGUCAAUUUGAGUGGAUGGAGAUGUUCCCUGAAGAUUUCCUUCCUGGAGUACUGAAUGCAAUUAUUAUGGAUGAUUAUGGAAAUAGCCUUCUGCACUGUGCUGUAGAAAAAAACCAAAUCGAAAGCGUUAAGUUUCUUCUCAGCAGAGGAGCAAACCCAAACCUCCAAAACUUCAACAUGAUGGCGCCCUUUCACUUAGCUGUGCAGGGCACGCACAAUGAGGUGAUGAAGGUCUUGCUUGAGCAUAGAAGUACUGAUGUUAAUUUGGAAGGAGAAAAUGGAAACACAGCUGUGAUGAUCGCGUGCACCAAAAAUAAUAGUGAAGCACUGAAGAUUUUGAUUGGUUUGGCAGUUGGUGACAUUGCUGAGGUCCAGAAACAUGCAUCAUUGAAGAGGAUAGCUAUGCAGGUGGAACUUCAUACCAGCUUAGAAACAACGCUGUCAUGCUGUUGCAUACGCAAAGUGGAUCGGAAAUCCACCACCAUAUAUCCCAACAAACCCAGAUGUGGUGGAACAUUAUUUGCUGAAGGAACUCACUUUUCUCCUGAAAAAGCAGCACGAGCUCAUUAAACUGAUCAUUCAGAAGAUGGAGAUCAUCUCUGAGACAGAGGAUGAAGAUAACUGUUGUUCUUUUCAAGACAGGUUUAAGAAACUGCAGAUAGGCCGGGUGCGGUGGCUCAAGCCUGUAAUCCCAGCACUUUGGGAGGCUGAGACGGGCGGAUCACGAGGUCAGGAGAUCGAGACCAUCCUGGCUAACACAGUGAAACCCCGUCUCUACUAA